GCAGAUUCCGUGACGAUAAAACGUAGUCCAGUGUCGACGCCCAGUUUUUACGCGUAGCAUUUGGUAAAGUUCAAAAUGCAAACAAUAAAAUGUGUAGUAGUUGGAGAUGGAGCAGUUGGUAAGACUUGUUUAUUAAUCUCUUAUACCACAAAUAAAUUUCCAUCGGAAUAUGUUCCGACAGUAUUUGACAACUAUGCAGUCACUGUCAUGAUUGGUGGUGAACCAUAUACAUUAGGAUUGUUUGAUACAGCUGGUCAGGAAGACUAUGAUCGUUUACGUCCAUUAAGUUAUCCACAAACUGAUGUAUUUCUUGUAUGUUUCUCAGUUGUGUCACCAUCAUCAUUUGAAAAUGUUAAAGAAAAGUGGGUGCCAGAAAUAACACAUCAUUGUCAAAAGACGCCGUUUUUAUUGGUCGGUACACAAAUUGAUUUACGAGAUGAUGCGGCCACGAUUGAAAAACUAGCAAAAAAUAAACAAAAGGCUAUUUCAAGUGAACAAGGAGAAAAACUUGCUAAGGAAUUAAAAGCUGUAAAAUAUGUUGAAUGUAGCGCUCUUACACAGAAAGGACUUAAAAAUGUCUUCGAUGAGGCAAUAUUAGCGGCUUUAGAGCCUCCAGAACCUAUUAGAAGAAGGAGGUGUAUUAUUUUGUAGAAGCCUUAUAUGCGGCCAAAGGAUCGAAUCGGCUAUGCGAAGUACGCGGA